UUAGAAAAAAAUGUUGAUGUGCUGUGUUCUCUUCAAUAUAUUAUUUCAGUUUUCUUUACUUUUCUUUAAAAUGGUCUUUGUACAUUUAGAGAACGUGAAAGCAGAAGUAAUGGUGAAAUAAUUCAGAAAGGUCUCAAAUAAACUUCAGUGUUGAAAAUAUUGCAUAAAAUAUUAUUAAUUUAUUAAUGUCACAUUCUCCUCUCCAUCUGGCAUUGAAACUAUUGAAUUACCUUUGCAUCAGGCAUGAAACAGCAUAAUCCAAACCAAGGUCUUGUGGAUUUGCUGCAGAUGGAAAGAUUGAGAGAUAGUCGAGGCAAACAAACAUUCAUCCUUGACAAUUGAUACUGUGUGUUUAUAGAGUUGAGGGACAACGGUAAUUACAGAUUACUUCAUGUGACAGUAAAUCAUGUAACAAUCCGGAGGUUUAGAUUGAAAAUGUAACGAAUGUGUUAUGCACAAGCUUUAGUGUGCCUUAUCACAAUCAACAAUGUAAUGCCGGUUAAAGUCAGAGAUCUCAAGCCAGAAUAUAGUUAAUUGAAACUUCAGUACAUAUUCAGUUCUUCAUUUACCUAAUGGAUUACAAGGUCAGCAAGGGAACAAUCACAUGUGAUGCACACACACACGCUCACACACAAAAUGGGGCAGGCGUAAGCCAGGUAUAAAAGGUAGCUAUAUCUGCGUCUGAGAAGUCAGAUUGAUCACAUCUCACUGGAAGUCAAGAACAAAGCCAUCAUGUUUUGGACAAGAUAUGCUGGAGCAAGUAUAUUAUUGUUUUUAUUGCUUAUUCAUCUUGGACAAGUGUAUCCAAGAAAUGAUAUGACUAACUUUGGAUGUGAGGAGUGCAAACUCAAGGAGAACAACAUUUUCUCAAAACCCGGCGCUCCCGUCUAUCAGUGUAUGGGAUGCUGCUUUUCCAGGGCUUACCCCACACCCCUGAGAUCCAAGAAAACCAUGCUUGUUCCCAAAAAUAUCACAUCAGAAGCGACAUGCUGUGUAGCCAAAGAAGUUAAACGGGUACUUGUCAAUGAUGUCAAACUAGUGAACCACACAGACUGCCACUGUAGCACCUGUUACUAUCACAAGUCUUAAAAACACUAUGAGAUUUCAAAUGUACUUGUUUGCUUAGUUAUAUUCCUGGACCUGUCAUUUUUUCUGCAGUGCUUAUUUUCUGUUCUUGAUUCACAAUGACUUACACAUUUAAAGUGAAAACAUAUUGUUAGAAGUCUGUGUAUACUGUGUACUGUAUACAAAUUUUCUUCAUACUGUAGAUUGUUUCCAACAAUUCUUUUUUAAAAGGUUGUCAUAAUUGUUGUAAUUUGUGCCCUACUUCCAUAAAUAGCUUAAGAGCAUAAAAUGCAAUAUUUUAUCAUUUAUAAAAUGCAAAAUAACUUCAUUAGCCUACUAUGCUCUGCUUGGUAUUAAUUUAAGCCCUCUUUUGUUGGUAAUUGCUGACUUGUUUUGUCGUCGCUGCUAUAAGAUUGUUCAAAUACAUUAAUUAAAAACAAGAUUGCUUAUGACAUCAAUUUUC